CUACUCCUACCGCAUCGACUACUUGAGACAGUUAGAGGAUGAACAUGCAGACCUGGUGGAGCGAACCGGUGAUUUGGAAGCCACUGUUGAAGACCUAGAAGCCACGAUAGCAGAACUAGAAAAAUCUCCAGUGGUUCCAGAACUUCGAGAAAAAUUGGUGCAAGCGGAGAAGAGGGAAAACGAGUUGUUGGUGGCGAAGGAUAGUUUGCAAAAAUGGAUCUGGGAAUGGGAAAAAUGGUAUUUGGUGAACGACGAUAUGGAACAAGUGAAGAAUGUGAAUACUGCUACCGCAGCUUCUACAGUAGAUUCAACAACUCUCCUACGACCAGCUUCAUCAGCUCUUCUCGUCGUAUCUGGAAAUAAUAGCGUGCCCUCUUCCAGCACUCUAGCACUCGUUCCUCCAUCACCUCGCAACUCGAGUCAUAUUCCUCUCUUUUACGAGCGCUCCCGGAUGUCGUUUGAAGAUUCCCUUGCCCAAGCACAAGAACACAGCUCCCUCAACGUUGCUAGGAAUCUAAACCUCAGCAAACAGCUGGAUGUCUUCCAUGAACGUUUUCGGACGAGGAAGUCAGUAGGAGUUACGUGUGAAUCCGACAUCUUGCGGUUUGGCAAGAAGAGGGUCUAUGUGUCCGUGGCACAACAGACCAAUUGGAGUUUGCAGCUGGACGCCGCAACACAAAAGCAGGAACGCGCAGAGGAGAGGGCAGAGACUCGAUCAAGGGGUGGACAGGGCAUAGUUGGAGGCAUCGGACUCGGAGGAGGAACACCAGGAGUAGGAACACCAGUAGGCCCAACAACAUCCGCUACUGGUGGCUCUCCCGUAUCCAGUAAGUGGAACAAAGUUCGAGCAAUUACGAAAGUCGUUAGUUUUGGACAGAAAAAUUCAGCGACCGGAGGUGCUGGUUCCGGUAUUAGGAAUGAAAUAGAAAGAAGCAACAUACUAGGCAUAGAACAGGAUGCCAAUGUCGGAACAAAUGCUGGAAUAAAGCAAGGACAAGGAGUUGGCAAAGAUGACCAAGUCUUUGCUGCACCGCUAGUGAAGGCAGAUGCUGGCACAACUGGCAGUGAGAGAACGACACGGAGAAUGAGUACGACAAGUAAUCCGACUACUCCUGCUUCGUCGAACAGUAUUAGAUUUAGAGUGAGUCCACAACUAUCUUCAUCUUUCACAGGGUCACGCACUACCACGACCACCUCCUCGAGUAGGCCUAGGGCUGUACCGGAAAGCGACGUUGUAAAAACGAGGACGUCUGUACUACCUCCAAAAAGCAUGACAGGGAUCUUCUUUUCCCCUGGGGCAGAAAGAGAGAGACAACGAGACCCCCAUUUUCCGCGAACUACAACAGUUACAAACCAGAAAGUACUGGCAAAGUUAGUAUCUGUGACAAGGAAUACAACAUCAACAGUGGGCGGGACGAGGACAGCAGAAGUAGCUACAAGUACAUUGUUGAAGGAAGAGGAAGGUGAGGCGGAGGGACAUCAACGUCAAGAAGUCUACAACAAUAUUAUCCGUAUCAGCGAGUUAGAAUCUAAUAGUCCACCAAUUCCUGCGAAAAAGUCUACCAUUUUUAAAUCCUUGGAUGAUAUCGAGUCUCCUGAUUUCAGAAAGAGCACAACCGGUUUUACUGGUUCUGGUUCUCCUCAAGAAGAUGAAAAGGAAGAACAACAUACAGCUGUUCCUUUUGUUCCGACACAUCAAGAGCACCACCAUGAUCCCCUUCCUCAGCAUUUGCGAGGAAAUACAAUUUCGAUAAUAGCCAGAGCGCGGCCUUCCGCCGCUUCUCUCCUCGAAGAUGAGACCGAAGUGGAGGAGCUGCCGUCGUCACCAGAGCCAAGGUUCCUUAGGUGAGAAAAAUCGGCAACCAGAGCGGCCAAGGUUCAUUCUUAGGUCUAAGAGUAAGUAAGCAGAUUGAUAUUGAAUAUUGAAUAACAUCAUUUCAAGACUGUCUGAAAUCCAGCAGAUGAUCAACAUAAUGAUGACAAAGACGAUCAUGAAUUAAAUGUUUUUAUCAUGUGUUGUAGUACAACACGUCGCUUGAGCUGCUGCUGCAGCAUGACGACUAGAAGUUGAUAGUGAUAACGAUGAUAAUUUUCUAGUGACAAUCAGCAGCAGCAUGCUGGUUUUGGUAUUCGAAAUCGAGAGCAAGUUUCUGUUGUAGUACAAGUGGUCAAAAACUCUGCAAGGUGGUCGUUUUGAUCGUCAUUCUGUCACAAUAAUUGGUGCAAGUUCAAGUUCAAUGUAGUUUACUUUGGUCAUUCUCGUCUGCGAUUGCGAUAUUAGAAGUAUCAGAAAGCCUAUUGGUUCAUCGUCUGCAUCAUCUUCUCGGUUCACGAUUCAUGCAAAGCCAGAAAAAAAUACCUACUGGUGUGCCAGCUGUCCAAGACGAAAUCCCAAUGUCAUCUGCAAUGAAAAUAGUCCUUUGAUGUGCACAGCUGCAACUGCAGCCCAAGAAUGAAAUGGUGUGCUGCA